AUGCUCUUCCAAAUUCGUCCCACAUUUUUGAGUCAAUGCUUACGCAGCUACAGCGCUACAAAAUUGGCCACAAAGUAUGAUGCAGUAAUUGUUGGAGGUGGAAUGGUCGGAUUUGGUCUCGCUGCUGUGGCGGCAAAUUCUAAACUACUAGGCAAUAAAAGUAUCCUGUUACUAGAGAGUUCUCCGAAGAAUACUUAUCAAUAUAAGGAGGAGUAUGAAAACCGUGUUGUCGCCCUUAAUGACCUCUCUGUUAACAUGCUUAAUAAUAUUGGAGCAUGGGAAUUUAUUCGGUCGCAUCGCGCACAACCUGUAAAUAAAAUGAAAGUAUGGGAGACAAAGUCAAAUUUUCACCUGACAUUCUGUCGUGAUCCUUUGGCAUAUAUUGUAGAAAACAAUCUGGUGAUUGAAUCGCUCCGCAAGUAUUUGGAAUCCGUACAGAACUCUACAAACCUGACUAUACUGUAUGAAGCACAAGCUAAAAAUAUUCAACUACCCCCAGCAAAUCACCCAGAACAGUUGGUUCGACUGGAUGUUGAACAGAAAAGUCAAGAGAAAUGUGAAACAGUUGAGACAGAUUUAUUAAUUGGAGCAGAUGGAUUCAAUUCACUUGUUCGUAAAACAGCUAAUAUACAUACAAUAGGCUGGAAUCACAGUCAGAAAGCCAUAGUAGCAACGUUACGCUUAAAACAGGCUAAUGAAGAAUCUGUUGCAUGGCAGAGGUUUUUACCGACGGGUCCAAUCGCUUUGCUCCCAUUGUCAAAAGAAUAUUCAUCAUUGGUAUGGAGUACAACUAUUUCUGAAGGUGAUCGUCUUAUGGCUUUGAAUGAUACAGAUUUUAUACAAGAGUUAAAUGAUUGCUUGACUAAACCAAGUGAAGAAACCUCACAACUGGCAACUGUUUUCAGUAAAAUAGGACAGUGUUUCGCCGGGGUGAUUGAUUAUUUCGGCAGUGUGGAGAAAGGUGUUCAGAAGGCAUCCGAUCAGAAUAGUCUUCUUUCAGUUCCACAAGUGGAAUCACUUCAGUUGAAUACGAAACGAGCUUGUUAUCCUUUAGGCUUUCAACAUGCUACAUUUUAUUCUGCUCCUCGUUUAGCACUUGUUGGUGAUUCAGCUCAUCGGAUACUACCACUUGCUGGUCAAGGCGUUAAUCUUGGAUUUGGAGAUGUUGUCUGCCUUGUUGCUCAUUUAGAGGAUGCCGUUUCACAUGGUGCUGAUAUAGGAAGUGCAGCAUACCUUAAAGACUAUACAAAUGAGCGACAAAGAAUUGUAAUCCCAUUGGCUAGUACACUAGAAAUGAUCAAUUUGUUAUACUCUACCGAUGCAUACUGUAAUCAAUCUAUCUCGACAUUUGAAGAAAAUGAAGUGUUACGUAAUUGUCAAGAUUCUGGAAUUUCACGUUUAGUGAAAAAUCUUCUCUCAGAUAUUCGAGGUGCUGGAAUGAAUACCGUCCAGUCUAGUGAAGUAUUAAAGAAAUUUUUGAUGGAAGUAGCUGUUACUGGAGAAAUUCGAUCUCCUGCGUCAGAAAACACAAUGGUCUAUUAA